AUGGCUUACAUCGCCAAGUCCUUCUACGACCUGACUGCCGUCAGCCUGGACGGGGAGAAGGUAGACUUCAACACAUUCCGAGGCAGGGCGGUGCUGAUUGAGAAUGUGGCCUCUCUCUGAGGCACCACCGCCCGGGACUUCACCCAGCUCAACGAGCUGCAGUGCCGCUACCCCAGGCGCCUGGUGGUGCUCGGCUUCCCUUGCAACCAGUUUGGACAUCAGGAGAACUGUCAGAAUGAGGAGAUCCUGAACAGUCUCAAGUAUGUGCGCCCCGGGGGUGGGUACCAGCCCACCUUCACUCUGGUCCAGAAGUGCGAGGUGAACGGGCAGAACGAGCACCCCGUCUUCGCCUACCUCAAGGACAAGCUGCCCUACCCCCACGACGACCCGUUUUCCCUCAUGACGGAUCCCAAGUUCAUCAUCUGGAGCCCCGUGCGCCGCUCGGAUGUGGCCUGGAACUUCGAGAAGUUCCUCAUAGGGCCGGAGGGCGAGCCCUUCCGACGCUACAGCCGCACCUUCCCCACCAUCAACAUCGAGCCGGACAUCAAGCGCCUCCUCAAGGUCGCCAUAUAG